AUGGGAGCCGUGAACACUGGACUGAGCUGGGUUGGAGUUGGGGGGACGCCCAGCACCUUCGAGGCGCCUCUCUGCGAAGUCGGGGCAGGGGCUGCUUCCACUCUGAAUUGUCACUUGGGCUCCAGUGGGAAAAUGUCAGGUAAAUACUUUACCUACAAGGAUCUCCUGUUUCUUGGAGGUUGUUGCUCUCCUGAAGCCCUACAGUUUAUUGAAGAAGAAUUCCAGGUACAAGAGGAUGAUAUCUUUAACGUCACCUUCCCUAAGUCAGGUUCUUUCUGGAUGACAGAGAUCUUGUGUCUCAUUCGUUCCAUGGGAGACGUUUCCUGGGUCCACUCUGUCCCCAACUGGGAACGAGUUCCUUGGAUCGAAGCAGCCUUUGGAUGGAAGAACCUACUGGCCUUGCCUCAACCCCGCCUGCUGUCCUCACACCUCCCAAUUCAGUUUUUCCCAAAAAGUUUCUUUCAGAGCAGAGCCAAGGUAAUCUACACAGCCCGAGACCCGAGGGACGUGUGUGCCUCCUUCUUUCACUUCUCCAAGAUAAUGAAAUUGUACCAAGAACCAGAGAGUUCGGAGGCCUUCAUAGAGGAGUUCCUCAGUGGAGCUGUGCCCUUUGGCUCCUGGUUUGACCAUGUGAAAGGCUGGCUGGGGCUCAAAGAACAGAGCAACUUUCUGCUGGUAACCUAUGAGGAGCUUAAGAAGGACAUUCGAGGCAGCAUAGAGCGCAUCGCCAAGUUCCUGGGGGUAGAUCUGAACAGGGCUGCCCUAGAGCAAGUGGUGGACAAUUGCAGUUUCCAGAAAAUGAAGGAGAACCCCAUGUCCAAUUUCAGCCUGCUGCCCCCUAAUUACAUGAACCACGGUCAGGGGACCUUCUACCGGAAAGGGGUCUGUGGGGAAUGGAAGAAUUUUUUAACAGUGGCUCAGAGUGAGCAUUUUGGCCGGAUUUACCAGGAGAAGAUGAAGGACUUCUCCGUCCACUUCCCCUGGGAGGACCCAGAGGUCAGGGGGACCCUGAAGUCAUGAUCUCCCAAUAAACUCAGACACAUGACUGGCCCUUCA